AUGGUGGUCUACAGUCCACCCUCCUCAGACCCAGAGCAGGACCAGGUUCUGGUCCUGCAGCAGACCCAGUCCUGGGUCAAACGUGCCCUGAGGCUGAUGGCAAGUCUGGUGCUGCUCAUCCUGGUCCUCGUCGUGGUCUUCGUGGUCUGGACCUGGAGGAACCGAGAAGCUGUGCAGACAGGAGGACAGACAGAGCUGCUGCAGACCGACGAUCCUGUGUCCGCUUUGAGGAGGAUCAGCAGUCGGGCCAGAACUGCCAUCCAUCUGGAAGGCAGCCUGGAGGAGGAGGUGCCUGGUCUGCAGUGGAGCAGUGGUCAGGGUCAGGGUUUCUCUCAGGGCAACGUGAGGCUCCAGAGGAACCAGAUCACGGUCCUCCACAGCGGCCUGUACUUCAUCUACAGCCAGGCCUCUUUCAGGACCUCCUGCCUCCCCCACCUCCCCCCCGAGCCUCAGCCCCCCCUCAGCCACCGCGUCUGGAGGUUCUCAGAAUCUGUGGGGAGUGAGGUGUCCAUCAUGAGCGCGGUGCGGACUGUGUGCUCUGACUCAGGGCAGGAGGAGCGUGGGGAGGCACCUGAGGAGGCGCGUGAGGAGGCGCGCGGCUGGUACAGCGCCCUCUACCUGGGAGCAGUGGUACAGCUCCACACUGGAGAUCGGCUCUGGACCGAGACCAACCACCUGCAGGAGCUGGAGACCGAGGAGGGCAGGACCUUCUUUGGCCUGUUCGCCCUCUUCUGA